AUGGUGCUGAGCGGGAGUGAGGGAAAGAGUGUACUGCGGCUUCGUGCGCCAGCGGAUCCUCGGCUUGCAGAAAGUAUUGUUCUGAAAGUGGACGGACAGCGCAUUUACCCCGACGGCGGAGGGUCGUACGCCAUUCCAAUUCAGGCGAAGGAGUGCUCUGUCGAGAUUGCGGAGAAGCCACAUUCACUAUACCCCACUCUUCAUGCUGCAUCUAUCGCACCAUCAGCGCCUGCUACCAUUCUGGUGCAGUCUACCGCAGGUGCCCAUGACAACGCUGUACUCUUCUGCAGCGGCAGUGGCGAGUCCGUACAUCUCACCCCCAACCGUCCCGUCUCGGUGUCAGCGGAGAGCGGCCCCUUCACCUUCCAACUGCCUCGUGCUCCCUUGACGAAGACGCAUAUGCCUGCUGGGGCUUUUACAGCCUCCUAUGCUGAACCUGAUGGGACAGAAGUCCCUGUCUUGCGAGUGCCGGAGCUUGAGACGCGGAUUUCUAUGUGCCCACAGAACGAUGUUCUACUUCCAACAUUCGUGGCCACCGCUGAGGGCUUCAUGAUUGAACUGGUUGGAGACAAUGGGGCAUCGGUUGCGGGUUACGGCAGCGCCCAGCUUCGACUACCCGACAGGAAGGAACACCGCGUUCGCAUCACCAUCACGGACACGACUGGACGCACGUUUCUCCGCCAGAGCGCUAUCGUCCCAGCGACAGAGCAACCAUCGCUGACCUUCAGCAUCGCAGAGGAUGUGCGUGGCAACCCAAUUAUCACAGGGACGCCUCAUUCACAGAUCAGCGUUGACAGCCUUCCACCUGUUAGUGGUGGGAUUGGUGUACCUCUGGAAACCAACACACGUCAUGUGGUGGUGGUGCGUGAAGAAGGUACUUCAGCCGCUUUCGAAAUUGGGCCGCGACGAGCAUCAGAGGCAGCCACUGCCAUCCACCCUGUCAUAGAUAUCCCCUCUGGGCCAGAGCCGUGGAUUACACAGCUUGCGAAGGCCUUGCAAAGUUCAGAUCAAGACACUGCCCGUCGCGGAGUGCAGAGCAUCAUUCCACCAAACCCAGACGCAGCCUCCAUCGUUGGUUUUGUUUCAGAGCAGUUAUUUAAGACGCCUCCCACUAUAUCCUUCACAAAGAGCAACGAUACCGUGAUGGAUGUUCAAUGCGCCGGAUAUAACAUGACGGCUUCUGUAGACAAUGCGAUACCCCGCACUAUUAGUAGAGGAGAAAGUGUGCAGGUGUCCGCAGGUCAUAAUUUGACUCUCUCUGCGGUCACACCCUCUAGAGGGCUUCUGGCGGCCUCCUGUUGUAUGCAGUGCCCAAUGGCCGAGAAGAACUUAGACGAACUGCUUAUCGCCCGUCUUCUUGACACAUUCCAGCGACAUAACCUCAGCCCGGACAAAGUGGCGUCGGAGCUGGCCAACACGACAUCACCACAGUCGGCGAACGGAGAUCGUCUACUCCCGCUGAUGGUGGGGUGCUUGCGUCGUUUGAUAGAUGCCUCUCAGCGCCCGAUACGCCUUGUUGCCGGUGAGGCUCCCGAAGGCACACGCCUUCUGAUCGCCCUCGAUGAACAGGGGGCCAUGGAACUGCUGCCCGGCUCCGUAAUGGAUGUUUCAAACGGUAGAAGUAGCAUACGCGUCUCUGUGCGUAUCGCCUCAUCGCUGGAAAAACCAUUGCGAAAUGAAUUUGCCAGGGCGUUGGUCGACACGUACUACAGGCAAUCACCCCCACCGUUGCCGAUCCGCUGGGCAGGUGUUCCUACAAGUGGACCUGAAGAAAAGGCAUUACUUGAGUUGCUGCUACAAAUGCUACGAGACCACGACAAUGAGCUGGCGCGGCAGCACGCACAAGGCAUUGUUUCUGGCCAAACUGAUGCCCUACAAUUCGCAUGUGGUGUUGGUUGUCUUCAAAAUAUCCGAACUGAGCGACCAUGUAGACUGAGCGUGGAUGUGGACGGCACUGGAUUCAUGCAGCUGGAGCAAGGGGGACAGGUGCCACAGGGCUACGCGUUUCCGCCAGGCUCUACGCAUCGUGUCCACAUCAUUGCACGCGACCCAGUGAGUGGGGCACUGUGCGCCGAGACGCAGCUCAUGUUGAUGGGUGCAGAGCAGGCGGAUGCACCACGACAAAUGGCGUCCCUUGCUUCAUCGUGCUUUUUGGAUGCGAAUGUCUCACAAGUGGGGGAAGAGACGCACCUACGCCUCGUGUGUCCGCCAAGGCUUCGCAUCGUUUGUGAUGUGGACGGCAGCGGUGGUGCCGGUACUGGGAGAUCGGAUUACACCGCAAAGAUGAGUGCCGCACGGCAGCACAACGUGAAUGUACAGCUGCUUGAUGAUUCAGGUUGUGUGGUGUUUGAGCAACGCCUCGCAUUGCCUGGAAUUAUGGCAGCCCUUUGGUCUGUUGAAAUCGAUCGCGCAUCGAUAGAAGUGGAUAAGACUACUACUUUUGGUGGUGGCAAUGGAGGAACCAUUGUCACUGCCUCAUUGGAUAGAUCCCCGGAGAGUGACCUCACCGGCCCACUGCCCUUUAACAGUAACGAACCGCAUACCAUCUUGUUGCGCAAGUACUUCUCCAAGGCAGGGCCGUGGAAUGCAUGUGCAGGUGAGCUUUCCCUGCGCCUGCCCGCCUUCAUAGAUCCUCAGUAUGUGCAGGAGAUCAUACAUAUGUACCGAACUGCGCGACCAGAUGACGGUGAUAAGCUGCGGUCGCAGCUUGGUGAGCUGCAGGCACGUACACCGUCGAACGCCGUCAAGGACCUUAUAAGCGCACUUCUGGAUUACAAUGUUGCUGGAUUCCGUCCCAUCCGCAGCAGCAGCAGCAGCGACGCCCGUAUCCAUUUUAGGAUUAGUGGCGAUGAGUCGUCGACUGUCACCCACUAG